UAGCCUGGAGUCCGUCUAAUCUGCUUGUCCACCAUUCAUCCUCUCCCUGCCUUAUCCAUCCUCUCUCCUUAUUUUCCAUACAAAAGUCUCCAUCUCCUUUCUUUUCAAUCAUACUUUGCUAUACCUCUAACUAGACAGACACCAUAAAAAACAAGCAGGUUUUGUGUCAAUGGCAACAACCUCAGCAACAUUUUCUCCACCAACACUUGUUGCUUCCGCAGUUAGCAGUCCCAAGAGGAAGCAAACCAAUGUAAAUUACAUAACAGGACUGAAUUCUUUUGGUGGGCUAAAAGCUCACAACAGUGUGAGUUCAUUAGGUUUGUCGGUAGGCACUGAGCAGUCUUUUGCAAAGAUUGUGAGCUCAUUGAGAGCUCCAUCGAAAGGUAAAGGCGGAGGUGGAGGUGCACUCUCUUCAACCUGUAGCGAUGUUGGUGAGAUAUUUAGGAUAGCAGCAGUCAUGAAUGGGCUUGUACUUGUUGGAGUUGCUGUCGGGUUCGUUCUUCUUCGAAUCGAGGCUUUUGUGGAGGAGACUGAAUGAGAAAUUUUAGCUACCUUGGUGUGUCUUGGUUGGUUGUUCUUUAUUAAGGAUGUACCUUAAUUUCUUUGUUGUUUUUUUAUGCAGUGCUGGGUUUUUUUGGAUGUCUGAACCAAACCAGCAAAUUAAGCUUUA